AAAUUCAAACUACCUGAUUUAUGAAGUAUGUUUCAAGAAAAUAAUUUGAAAUUCACUGGCACAAGCCCCAAACAGUGCCACCAUUGCUGCCAUAUCCUGUCGAAUCUACACUCGACUUCCUGUUUGUGCUCACACGUUUGGAACAUUGACACGAAAUAACUAUCUACUGAAUAAAGUCUGACAGGCGUAUUAGAGAAGUACAUCAGGAAUCACAAAAAACGCAUAUAUUUCAGGCAGAUCCGACAACAGCGCCACACCCAAAGCAAUCCCCGCGUGGGUGGCUCUCUAUCCCUCCUCCACACCCGGGAGAAGUUUAACUGCCUCAUACUCCCAGCUAUAACCACCAUAGCACACGGCGACGACAUCCUGGUAUUACUACGUGAAAAUCGCCCUGCGUUCUUCAGUGCCACUACUUGAAGAUCACCCACAUGAUACACACACCACCAGUGCCUAGAUGGAGGCUUCCCAGGAAAGAUACAGUUUGUCGUCAUUACUUCACUACAACAGGUGGCUAAUUCAACCUUCUCCAGAACUAGAUGAUGGUCUGUGUCUCCUCCACUCCUUCUUGACAUCUUAUAACAGUCAAGUACAGAGUGGGCGUAAGCUAGAUCUUGAAUAUGUCAAGAAAAGACUAUGUGAAGAAACGACUACCUACAGUGACUAUUAUCUACGAGGAGCAACUCUAAUGGACGAGUAUAACACAUGGAGGAAGGGUGAUCAUCGGUCGUCAUCUGCCAACCCAGCAUCAUCGAGGAUGGAUGAGCAUCAGCCGUCACCAGCAGCCGUGCCACUGGCCACCCGUCACCAAAACUACACCAAUAAGGUAACACAACAAGCAGGUAGACAGCCUCAGGACCUUUGUAUUUAUUGUAGAAUGGGGGUGUGUAGUCAAAGCCCUGCCAUAAAGUGUAGUUUGUGUGAGAAAUGGAUGCACGUAGGAUGUAGCCGCAGCACCAUGACCAAGGAGGAACGUGGCAAGAUAAUGUCUCGUGGUGUUGAAGUUGUCUGUAAUGUAUGUGUAAAAUAUCACAAAUCUGCACCAAAUAACAGUAAAAAUGAUGCCUUUGAGUGUUUUAAGAAUAGGGGACUGCAUUUUGUGCACAUAAAUAUCAGAGCAUUGUUUCGUAAGAUGCCGGAAAUUAAAAUUCUCUUGUUUAAAACCAAUGCUGCUGUAUUUUCCAUCUCAGAGUCAUGGCUGGAUGAGUCUGUCACAGAUGAACAGAUUGGAAUUGAAGGUUACAGUUUAGAACGUCUUGACAGGAACAAAUAUGGAGGUGGUGUGUGUGUUUAUAUAAGAAAUGACUUGACUUAUAACCUGAGAUCAGACUUAAUUGAUAAUCAUCUUGAGGGCUUAUGGCUGGAAAUAUUGUUACCUAAAACAAAGCCAAUACUGGUUGGUGCAUUCUUCCGCUCACCUUAUGAUGGUCAGUUUUUGGAACACUUUGACAGAAUAUUAUCUAAAAUUAGUCCUGACUGUGAAACAAUAAUACAAGGUGACUUUAAUAUUUGUUAUGGACAAGAAGGUAAUGGGUCAUAUGAAAGGUAUAAACAAACCCUAGAUAAAAACGGUUAUAAACAGCUAAUCAACUCCUCGACCGUGGGAUCAAAGGUCUCAGCCACCAUACUAGACCAUGUAAUAUGUAGCAGCCAAGACAAAAUCAGUCAGGCAAGUGUCAUCCCUAUAGGACUUAAUGACCACUUUAUCACUUACUGCUGUAGGAAAAAAAUUAGAGAAAAAAUAGGACAGCACAAGGUCAUCAAAAUGAGAUCCAUGAGGAAUUAUAGUAAAGAAAUAUUCCAAAAUAAAUUACAAAAUAUUGAUUGGUCACAAGUGACACACUGCAUGGAGGUAAACAUGGCUUGGGAGAAAUUCGGAACUAUUUUUAUCGGUGUUCUGGACGAUGUAGUGCCAUUACAGGAUACCAGAAUAAAAGCUAGGACUGAACCUUGGAUGACGACUGAGAUAUUAGAAUCAGUCCGAUACAAAAACGAGCUCUUCUAUAAGGUAAAACAACAUCGACAUGAUGAAGAGUUACGUAGAGAAUUUUGUAGGGUUAAAAAUAAAGUACAGAGAGAUAUAAAGCGAGCAAAGGAAGAAUAUAGUAUGAACAGUAAGAGUGAGGAACAGGAAAAUAAUCCCAAAACACUCUGGCAACAGCUAGAAGCCCUUGGAUACAGCCACAAGCCAAAAGACCAUUCUAACAUAGUGCUAAAUAUUCAUAAUGAAAUCUGUCAUGAUGCAUCUGAAGUACGAAAGUAUUUGAACUCCUAUAAUACAACAGAUGCCCCAAUAUUAGUCAGUAAAUUACAUAUUGCCUCACAGAAUGACAGUCAGGACACAGAUACUUCUAAAUCCUGUCAUCUAAAAAAAGGAACCACUCCAAACAGUCUUGAACUCCAUACUGUGUCAGAGGACUUUGUGUUAGAAGAGCUAAAUAAAUUAGAUCUCUACAAAAGCACAGGUCUGGAUGAUAACCCGGCCAGGUUUUUCAGGGAUGGUGCCUCUGGAUUAAAAACUCCUUUAACACAUUUAAUUAAUCUCUCCAUUAGCAAAAAUACUGUGCCAGAUGAUCACGAGUUUGCCGGAGUUACUUCCAUUUUCAAUUACAGUGGUGCAGAUGGAGGCAGUUAUAAGUCAGAUAGUGUUCUAUGUAUUGUUUCUAAUAUCUUACAAAGAGCUGUGUGUGCUCAGGUAGAUAAAUAUAUGGCACAAUGAUGCUCUGUACCCGUCAGAUUACCCUCAACUACUUAUCUAGAGCAAUACAGUCAUUGUAAAUAUUUUAGUAAUGAGAACCAUUGCUUGGGUAAAAUGUCUAUAUUGAUGAGAGCCUUGAAGAUUAAGAAUCCCAACAUAAUUCACUUUAUGAUUAAACACCAUAUUGUAACUUAACCAAACCUAACCCUAAACAUUUAACAUACACUGGAGUUCUUAAUCUUCAUGAGAUCAUAGAAAAGUCCAGUGCCUUCUAGCUGAGGCUCAAAGGACCCAAUGCUUAGCUCUCAUGCAGUAAUGCUUGGACUAGUUCCUGUUUAUCAAAGUUCUUCCUUAAUGCAUUCUAUAAAUUAAAUUACAAAUUCAAAGCAAGUUGGAUAUGGAUGCAAGAGAUCAUGUCAUUCACAAAGUUUUAGAAACAUUGGACAUAAUAAGUGUGGCAAGUAGAGCAUAGAAGCUGAGGUUAAAUCAUGUUUUUAAUAUUGUUAUUGUUUGUGUCCAGGAUAUCUUGAACACACAUUAUAAGGAUGAGGAUCUGAACCAGCAAUGCACUAAGAGCAAUAUUGUUUUAUGGUACCUGGUGUAUGUUGUCAAACAAAAAGCACUUUCUUGUUUCACCUAUAAAGGACUAUUGCAAUUUAUCUAACUACUGUACCUGUUUGUUAAAUCCAUUAGUACUGUAAUAUCAAAUGAUUCAGAAUUAAAAUUAGAAAAUACAGUGCUGGUGAAGCUAUGGCAAGAGAGUGAUUUUUUGUAAUAUACUGUACAGUACUGACUUAAGAACAUUAUAUUGUAGAAAUAAUUCACCUACAUACAGUGUAGUGCUUGGUACAUUUUGUUACAAAUAUGUCUAAUUUUUAGGUUUUUUUUUUUUAUUGUUUAGUUUCCACAAAGGACCCCAAUGAAAAUAAGCUUUUAAUGACUGUCUGGGGUUAUCCAAGGUCAAAUUUAUUUACUUUUUUACUAUUGUUUGUAUAUUUGCACAUAUGUACUUGUUAAAGCAGUGUGAACUUAUAUUACAAUUUUACUGAAUAAAUAUCUGCCUGCAUAUCA